GUCGUUGGCGGCAAUUCGUUGCGUUCGGUUUGCUAAAUCCAAGCGGUUUAUUGGACGAGAAGAAAAAGAGCUAACGCAGCUCGGAGUGAUUUUCGAAUAUUGUUGACAGCGAUUUUAGGUGCUCCACGAUGACGCGGUCGCUGACGAUACGGAGUUGGCUGACGCUCGUGAUUGGCUUGCUGGCGGUGGUCACUUGGCCGGAUCCGGGCCAGAGUCUCCCGCAAGGUGCCCCGGAAACCGUGUGCGACACCAUGCUGCCGUUCCACGGCGGUGGCAGUGUGCUGCCCCAGAGCAGCGUGUCGCCCUUCAGGGUGGAAACCUCCUCGACGACCCUCGGCCAGGGUCAGACCCUCCGCGUGGAUCUGACUGGGGUGCCAGCCGGCCUGAGCUUCGGCGGCUACAUGAUCCAGGCGAGGAACCGCAAUCCCCCCCACCAGAUUGUCGGGCAAUUCGGACCGGCCCGCGACGGAACCAUCAAGCUGAUGAACUGCGAGAACUCCGUGAACAACUCGGCCACCCACAGCAAUGCCGGGCCCAAGCAGCAUGUGCUCCUCGAGUGGCAGUCACCAGUGGACUUCCUCGGCCAGGUGAUCUUCAAUGCCACGAUUGCCCAAAGCUACAAUGAAUUCUGGGUGGGAGUGCCCUCGCAACCCGUUCAGAUAGUCCGUCGCGAUGUGACGGCUCCUUCACUGCCCACGCAGGGUCCUCCUGCCUUCGCGGGAACCACUCGCGCCCCCUAUUGGCCACCCCCUAAUGUCCAACCAAGCAACAUGGCUACCUUUGUCCCAGAUCCCAUCUACAAUGGCUGCGGGGAGAGCAAGAACUGCUUUGGUUUUCCGGAUGGUUGCUUGGUCACCCACAACUGCAAGGCCGUCACUAUGGUUUCGGUGAGGGGCGAUAUCUUCGAGUUCGAGAUUCAGUCGGGCAAGGAAACCAAUGCCGCUUAUGUGGCUGUGGGUCUUUCCGAUGACGCCAAAAUGGGUGACGACCUGACCACCGAGUGUGUGCCCGAGAAUGGAAGGGUCAACCUGUAUUCUUCCCUGACUUCAGCCUCUCCUUACUCGGCAGUGAGAUCUAGUGUGAGCCAAAACUCAGCCCGCCUGUUGGAUGCCUCCAUUGUGGACGGUGUGAUCUACUGCCGGGUGCAAAGGGACGCGGUAACCAAUGUUCAGGGACGCACCUUUGACCUGCGCAAUGGCAAGUACCACCUACUGGUGGCCUCCGGCAGCAGUCUGAAGGAGAACAGUGUGGGCUACCACGACAUUGGCCGCCUGCCUUCGGCACAGGCCAUCAAUCUGGCGGUGGUGCAGGAUUUGGGAGGAUCAAGCAGGCUGCUGAUUGAGCUCCACGGAGCCUUCAUGAUUGCAGCCUGGAUUGGAACCACCUCGCUGGGCAUCAUCUUCGCGCGCUACUUCAAGCAGACGUGGGUGGGCAGCCAGAGUUGCGGCAAGGAUCAGUGGUUCGCCUGGCAUCGUUUGCUCAUGGUCACCACCUGGUCGCUCACGGUGGCUGCCUAUGUGCUCAUCUGGGUGGAACUGAAGCGUGCAGUGUGGCAUGCCCACUCAAUUAUUGGACUGAUCACGGUCAUUCUGUGCUUCAUCCAACCCAUUGGAGCAUUAUUCCGGCCAGGACCCAAAGACAAAAAGCGACCCUACUUCAACUGGGGUCAUUGGCUGGGUGGAAAUCUGGCCCACAUCCUGGGAAUUGUAACCAUCUUCUUCUCGGUGAAGCUGCCCAAAGCUGAACUGCCAGAAUGGAUGGACUGGAUCCUGGUUAGCUUCGUGGUGGUUCACGUGCUCGUCCACCUGAUAUUCUCCGUCGCCGGAAUGGCCUCGGAGCGCCACCUCAGCCAGCGGGCGAGCUCCUUCCAAAUGGGCGACAUCUCGCAUCAUCAGCAGCAUGCCAUGCGGAACGGCAUGAGCAUGGAGCGGAAGAUGGAUGCUCCCUAUGCGGGCAUGCGCAAAGGAUUGCUCGGGGUGUACACAGUAGUGCUGGUGCUCUUCGUUGUGGUGCUGAUCCUGCUGGUGGUGCUGGCACCCAUCGAGCAGUUCCUGGGCAAGUCGUAGGCGCCUGAUCCUGGAUGGCCAAUAACCUGCUCCCCCCCCAAUACUCGUAUCAGUUUUGUGUGCUCAUUGUUUAACCCCUUCCGCCCACGGCUCUGCCCUGCGACCCACCCAGACCCCCCUUUCCCCUUCCCACGUGUCCAGCGUUAUGUUGUUAAGUGUAAUUAGGCGCAAGUGUAACCUAGGGCGGAGCAUUCAGUAAAUGUUAUAUAAUUUAUUAUUAAUAAAAUAAAACAAGCCAACAUAAAUGCA